AUGGAGCCAAACACUAAGCUUGUCGUUAUUACCUUGAUUCUUGCCUUGACACUCACGGCAGCAACCGGACAGAACACCUGCGGUAUGACCAUAGCUGGUCUGUACGCUUGCAAGCCCUAUGUGCAGACUAAGAACCCAUUGACCACCGCCAUUGAUCCCUUGGGGGCUUGCUGCUCUGCCCUGUCAAAGGCCGACUUCCCGUGUCUCUGCAAGGAGAAAAACAAAUUCAAUCCCUUUCUCAGUGGGAUCGACUUUGGCCUUGCUGCUAAACUCCCAGAGAAAUUUGUUGUUGCCUUAACUGCUUUGUGUUGGUGUUGCUUGGUUUUUCCCCAGCUUACUUCCAACUAA